AUGGACUCCGGUGGUCGAGGUAGAGGUAGAGGGCGAGGACGAGGCUCCGAAGGAGAAAAUGAGAAUGAACCUGAUCAGGUAGCUACCGUCAUCCAGCGAAUGGCCGACCUGUUGGAACGAAUGGCUAACCAACAAGGUCAGGACCAGGGGAGUAAUGUCGAAAACCCUGGAAAUAAUGCGGGUAAUCACGAGGGAGAGGACCGUGCCUUAGAACGGUUUCAAAAGUUUGCACCCCCGAAAUUUAUAGGUGGACCUAACCCUGACUUAGCGGAGGGUUGGUUGGACCGCAUGUUGGAUAUAUUUGCCGCGCUUGGGUAUUCAGAAGAGCGGCAGAUAUCUUUUGUUGUUUUUCAAUUUGAGGGGGUUGCCCGAACUUGGUGGAAUGUGAUUAAGGCCACGUGGGAGCGGGAACAGACCCCCUGGACGUGGGUCAACUUUACAUGGGAAUUUAAUGAGAAAUAUUUGCCACCUAUUGUACAAGAGAGGCCGGAGAAUGACUUUAUCCGCCUGCGCCAAGGGGCAUCCAGUGUGGCGGAGUACGAAACUCUCUCGCUUCGCUCCGGAUCUGUGCAAACGGAGCAAAAGCGAAUCCGUCGUUUCGUUCAAGGCUUAAAUGUGGAGAUUCAGGAGGCAUUAGCAGCUGCUCAGUUGCAUACAUUUAGCCAGGCACUAGAAAAGGUACAGAGAAUUGAGACAAUUAGGGGACAAGUGAAAGCCUUCCAUGACCGAAAAAAGAGGCAACCUGGCACGAGUAACUUCACGGCCGGAUAG